AUGCCUCCCAAGAAAGAUGUUUCUGCUGCUGGUGAGACUCUGCUCGCUGGGUUUGUGGACAAGGAGACCAAGCUUCUGGCUGCUGCCUUCCUUAGCUCUACCGCUCCCGACAAGUUCGACUAUGAUGUGAUGGCCACGCUUACGGGCAACACCGCUGGCUCUCUCAAGAAGAUGUGGCCUCCGGUCAAGAAGAAGGCUCUGGAGAACCAUCCCUCGUUCGCCACCUUCCUGGGACAAGCUGGUGUCGCCGCCGCUGCUCCUGCCAGUGGUGAUCCCAAGCCUGCCGCCGCAAAGGUUACUAAGAAGCGCAAGGCUGCUGACGAGGUCCCCGAAGAAGAUGCCGAUGAUGGCGCCAAGGAUCUUGCUCCUGCCUCAGCUGCUGACAAGUCUGAGGGCAACCAGUCUGAUACUAAGAAGAAAGCUUCUGUCGCCAAGAAAGAGAAGAAGGGCCCUACUAAGAAGCGAGUCCCCCCAAAGAAGGCUGCCAAGAAAGAAUCUGCCUCUGAAGAGGAAGUCGUCAAGGACAAGUCUGCCGAGGACUCCGCCAACGGCGGUGACGGUCUUGGUGACGAGAUCCAAGACGACAUCUAG